CACCACUCUCUCAACCACAGGCUUGGAAUCAAACUACGCACAGAAGGCACACGAAACACACACUGACAGUGUGACCCAGUAAAACUAGCCGUUACAAUUUUACAAAACCCUACUGCGUGAAGAAAAACACCCACACAAGCGCGCAGUGAAAGUUCCUCGAUCAAUCGAUGGCUUCUGAAAUGUACUUUUUUGUUGCAGAGAAGUAUUUUAGGGUGUAUAAGAGGGGGAAAAGGAAGAAGAAGAGGAGGAGGAAGAGAUUUGGGGGGAGAAAUUGGAAUUGGAAGGAAGGAUGGGGACUAGGGUUCCGGUGGUGGAGCACUAUAAUUUAAGAGCGGCGAAUUCGUAUAUGGGCGGCUCGUUGCAUGAUCUUAAUGCGAAUGAUAUUGCUGCCGGCGCCGGUGGUGUUGGUGAUGACGUGGACCGCGGCGGAGGUGGUGAUGACGUAACUGAUGAUAGCUUGGAUAAUGAUGAGGAUUCUGCUGCUGUCGUUAGUGAUUGCAUGCACGAGUCAUACAGAAAUUCCUUGCCACUUCACAGUGUAGGGGUAGAGGAAGAUCGGACUAGCCUUGAAGCUGGUGGAUCUUCAAGAGGUCCCUACAAUAUUUUGACCACUGAAGAUGUAUCACCUAUUGAAACAGCAAGGGCAAGAUUUGUAGACAUCAUUGUGGACCAUUUUAUAAGUCCGCAUUUGGUUGAAGUGUCGGAUACGGAGGCUGACUAUUCACCUCAAUCUGUGCAAGAUAAGUUAAACAAGAGAAGAUCAAGGGAGAUUCGGUAUGAGGGUGACGCACGGUUUGUUUUGCCCUUGAUGUAUAUUGCUAACAUGUAUGAAACUCUGGUUAAUGAAGUCAAUUUAAGGCUUUCUCCUUUAAAUGGCAUUCGUGAAAAAACUAUUGGUGUGGCCCUUGAAGCAGCUGGUGGCCUGUAUAGAAAGCUUGCCAAGAAGUUUCCGAGAAAAGGGCCUUGCAUAUUUAAGAGACGAGAAUUGGCUACUUCUUUCGAAACAAGGUCAAGAUUCCCUGAGUUGGUAAUACAGGAAGAGAAGCGUGUUCGCUUUGUAGUAGUAAACGGCCUAGUGAUCGUUGACAAACCAGCAAAUAUGUGUAUCGAUGAUGCUGAAUGGUUUAAAAGAUUGACUGGACGGACCGAAGUUGCUGUCUCUGCUAGAGACUACAAGUUUUAUGCCCCAAGACACAAGUAUAGGCGAGUUGCAACAAACUCCAUUGCCAAUAUUCCUGGUUUGCCUAACUUCACUGACACAGAUAACUCUUCUCCAAUGGUUCCUGCUCAGGGCUAUCGUUCUAUCAAUGAAAACACACAGCAAACGUCAUCAAAACAACAUAUCCAUCCCUUGACACAUCAGACUCAGUUUCAUCCUCUGCAGCAUGGACAUCCACACCAUAUUGAUCAAAGUCAACACGCUGCCCACUAUUCCCACAACCAGAAUUGUGGUCCACCAGCGCACUUGUCUGACAUUUCACAAAGUCAGCAACCUUCUACAAUUCCUCAGCAUAUGCAUUGCUUACCUACCUUGAGUCAUGUAGGAGGACGUCUGCAUGUACUGCCAACAAGCCCUGCAAAGUAUUGUGAUGAAUGUGGAGCUCCUUACUUGAGGGAGACCUCCAAGUUUUGCUCCGAAUGUGGCACAAAGAGGUUAGGAAUUUGAGAGAUUCCAGAUGUUUGUUUAGUUUUAGAUUGUAUAAUUAGCUUCUUUUAGCAAAGCAAAUGUACACUUUCCAACUUCAUACCUGUAUAUAUUUUUGAGUUAGAUAAUGUAUAGAAAUUUAGGUUUUCCAGUUCUUGCAACGUUGGAAGGGUGAUCGGUUAUGGUCUUCUAAUUUAAUGUAGAGGCUAUUCUUCUUA